GGAGAGGAAGCCUGGCCGGCGGGUCGCUAGCGCCCCCUGGCGGGCACAGGGAAGGGGCGGGGCCGAAGCUCGCUCCGCGCGCUGUCCGGAGUCGGCAGGUUGUGUCCCAGCAGCGAGAAGCGUACUGCAGGGAUGCUGCCUAGCAGAGCACCAGCCGUGGCAAUGUCCCGGGUCGGAGAAGUCCACACCGGGACAACUAUCAUGGCAGUAGAGUUUGAUGGGGGCGUCGUGGUAGGUUCUGAUUCCCGGGUGUCUGCAGGAGAAGCAGUAGUGAACCGAGUGUUUGACAAGCUGGCCCCCCUGCACCAACGCAUCUACUGUGCUCUCUCUGGUUCCGCUGCUGAUGCCCAGGCCGUGGCUGACAUGGCUGCCUACCAGCUGGAACUCCAUGGGAUAGAACUGGAAGAACCCCCACUUGUUCUGGCUGCUGCAAACGUGGUAAGGAAUAUCACCUAUAAAUAUCGGGAGGACCUGUCUGCGCAUCUCAUGGUAGCUGGCUGGGACCAACGUCAAGGGGGACAGGUGUAUGGAACCCUGGCAGGAAUGCUGACUCGACAGCCCUUUGCCAUUGGCGGCUCUGGCAGCACCUACAUCUAUGGUUAUGUGGACGCAGCAUAUAAACCAGGCAUGUCCCCUGAGGAGUGCAGGCGCUUCACAACAGAUGCUAUCACUCUGGCCAUGGGUCGCGAUGGCUCCAGUGGAGGUGUCAUUUACCUGGUCACUGUUACAGCAGCUGGCGUGGACCAUCGAGUAAUCUUGGGCAAUGAGCUGCCAAAAUUCUAUGAUGAAUGAGCCUUUCUAUUUUGUAAUAAACAACUGUGAACAUAA